AUGUGGUUAUUCCUUGACCUGCUCGCCGCCGAAUCUCUCGUCGUCCUCAUUGCCUCUCUCUUCCCCAACUUUGUCAUUGCCCUCGCCCUCACCGCUUUCACCAAUGGCCUCUGGAUGUGCGUGGGCGGUUUCAUGGUGUCCCCUACCGUUCUCAAUGUCUUCUGGCGCUACGUUUUCCACUACAUCGAUUACCAGGCCUACGUAUUUCAGGGCAUGAUGGUUAAUGAGUUUGCGACGAGAACUUUUGAGUGUGGGUCCGGUUGUCAAUGUAUGUUUGCCAGCGACCUGGCGUCGGAGUGUAAGAUCGCUGGCGUAGGGGUGCUACAGUCAUUCGGGUAUGCGACGGGAAGGACUGGGAAGUGGGUAGGCAUUCUGCUCGCUAUUACGGUGGUGUACCGGAUUUUCGGAUGGGGUGCGCUGGUGUUGAGGAAGAGGUAG